AUGAUCUCAGGCGACCACUUGGUUCGCUCCUACUCUUCGUCGCCCUCCUCCUGCGACCACAGCGGCGGCGUCUACGAAGAGUCUCAUCCGACGGCGACGAACGCGUUCGUCGCAGCCGAAAAUCGCCAAAUCUCCCUCAACUUCUUCGCCGACAACAACUUGGUAACCAGUUAUCCAUAUUCGGAAAGACUUUUCGCGAUUUGCAAAAAGGAGUUUGUAAAAAAAAAAUCGAACCCAUGAAAUAAGAGCUCUUGGAUGCCAAAAAUGAGAAAAUUAAAAAUAUCCAGGAAAGACGUUUGAAAACCAAAAAAUCAGCUCUUUAGGAUUUUAAGAAAAGGUCUGUUGAAAUUGUGAAUGCGGAUUUUUUGAAACUUUCCGGCACUACUCCCUGAGGCUUUUUCUGGACACCUCAUUUUUGGUUUUGAGACUUGAUUUCUGCAAAAGAUCUCUCAGACUUGCUCGACUGGAAGUAAUUUUAAAAAUUUCUAAGUUUAAUCGAAAACUACUUGAUUAGAAACCUUCCCUAUUGGACCUCAUAGAGAAUUAAGGCGUGCCAAAAAAACUUUAAUUCUUUUUCUCCAUCUUGAACUUUAUAAUUAUUUUUUUAGAAGUCGCUGAUCUUUCUUUGAAACUCGAAGUACUUUGAGACAGAAAGCUUUUCCACCUCAGCAUCUGUUUAUUUUAUAAAGAUAAAUUAAUUAAAAAGUUUGGAAUAUUUUAAUGAGGUUUUUCAGUUUCUUAUAAUAGUUAAUUUUUUUGAAAUCGAAGGAUAUAUUACUCGUUAUAUAUACUUGAAUAAAUUCCUCUUUUCUGCAGUUGUGCGAACAUCUAAACGACGAGUCAUCAGCGGCGACGACGACAUCUGAAACGACGACGACGGCGAGUUCAGAAUCCCCAGAACCCGAGCCAACCACCAUCGACGCCAUCAUGACGUCGUCAUCGACAAUGACUACAGAUGAGGUCCCGACGACGACAACCACGACGACAUCGCCGCCGUCGACCCCCAGUGAACUCUUCGACGCCAUCCAACGGUUCCAGGAACAACAGCAACAACGUCACAUCGCCUUGUUCAACUCCCUGGCCCAGAAUAUCGGCGCCGACCCGGUAACGUCGCCGCCAAGUCUUCUGAAUUUCGGACUGCCGUUGGCUGGGGCUGCUGCCGAUUUGUCGACGUUUGCCGGCGAUUCCGGAUCGUCCACCAAAGGCGUUACGCCAAAGAGGGGUGAGUAGGAGCAGCGUUGCAAAUGAUUUAUAAAUGAAAUUUCAACUUUCAAAACGGUUUUUUUUCUGAUCAAUGACUUGUUCUCCGGUUUUUUAUAUAGCUAAAUUCUGACCGAAUCAUUGGAAAAUCAAGUUUCGAGAAAGAUUUUCUGAAACAAUAACUAGCUAAAUAGUGUCUGAAAAACGUCACAGAUUGAUAUAUAGACUAGAAAACCUCUCGGUAAUUCAGCCGAGACCAUUUUUUUCGAAGAAAAAUUUUUCCGUUUUUAAGUAAAGACGUAAGUAAAUGGAUAACGAAGGGCAUAUUAUUCAAUUAAUUCAAUUCCAAACGUACAUAGUAUUUGAGAAUGGAAAACAAGUUUAAUUCUGACCUUAAUAAGCUCCACAGCGACUAUAGUCUAUUUCAAGGGCUUUGCUGGGGUUUUAGAAGUGCGAAUUUGUCUCGUGAAAUUUCUAUGAUUUAUUAUACUGGCUAGAAAAAAAUCCUGCCAAAAAUAUUUUGAUUUUUCUGCUUUAUCCGGAUGAUUAUGUGCGAUUUUUAUGUAAUUCUAGUCUUUUAGGUGACCAUAGGAGGUUUUGAAACACUCUAUAUAAUAAUGUAUAAUCCUGGGUGGUUUUAGAGGAUUUCUAACCCUUCGACACAAAUUUGGACGAUGUGAGUAAGAUCUUGUCUGAUUAGAGGUUGAUAUGUAAUAACUUUAGAACUAUCAGGUAUUUUAGAAAUGCUAGGUGAGUCAAGGUGGUUAUAGGGAGUAGUUUGGCGAAUCUGAAAAUUUUCAAAAAACUUUUAGGUAUUUUAAUGAUUGCGAAGAAAAAUUUUUCCCAGUCUCUGAGGAACUCUAAAAGAUUAAUUAAUUUAAUUUAUUUCAGAAACUUCGAAUCCGCCGUACUCGCCGUGGAUGCGAAACGCUGGCCGGAAAAAAUCGCACCCCGUUUGGGAGUUUUUUCGUGAUUUGAAAGACACUCGUGAGUUUUUUGAAUAAUCCCGAAAAUAAAUUGCAAAUUCUCCAGAAGGUACCGGCGGUGUGAUGUGUCUGCACUGUGCGUGGCAAGGCGAUGACCGAAGUCCCAACAAUUUGCGGACACAUUUGAAGAAGUUCCACACGGACGAUGGGAUCUUCCAACGGUUCAGCUUCCGCUUGUCCCAGGUAUCAAUUUUCACAUCGAGGUUCUCAAAAGUUUGACUGGUAUCUUUUCAAUUUAAGCCUACUAGGGAGUUUUUAGGACAAGAACUGA